CUGAUAACAAUUUUAUAGCAAUCAACUCAAUACAGAAUAAAGAAUUCAAGUUCGGGAUCAAAUUAAAAAAAAUUGCCAAAAUUCCGAAAUCAAUAAAGACUAAAGAAAUUUUAGGGACCAAAGUAGGAAAUAUGACAAGUUCAGGGACUAAAUAUUACUUUAUCUCUUUUUCCUUUCUGCUCUCUUUCGCUUCCUCUCUCCUUUCUCUCGGUGUUCAGUUCUUGCAGCUUCGACUCUCUUACCUUCUUAAUAUCACACAUUUCACCUCCUCUUAUUUGUAUUGUUAUUUAGAUUGAAGACGUAAAGGGAUAAAAAGGGAGGGGAAAUUUGUGGUUUUUGGUUUAGAUUUUGAAAACUUGAAGGGAAAGGGAAAAAAACGGUUGGAGAGUUGUUAAGACUGAAUUAUCAAAGAAUGGUUUUUGAGAGCCACUUUUGAAUAGUAAGCUAAAUUGAAAUUGUUGUACUAAAGGAAAGUGUGUGUGUGUGAAGGAUUUGGUUUGGAUUUUAUUGUGUUGGAGAAAUGAAUGGGAUUAUGGACUUAUGAUUGGAAGUCGAGGCCAAUGGGGCAAAUGUGGUUGAUUUCUAAAUUUUUUUUCACUUUGUUUAUUCAUCUGUUUUUUUUUUUAAAAAUUCUCUGUUGAGAUACUUUUUUUAACGAAAUGCAGCAAGUCCAUCGAAAAAAGAGUUCAACAGAGAUGGAAUUUUUCUCAGAAUAUGGUGAUGCCAAUAGAUAUAAGAUUCAAGAAGUUAUAGGAAAAGGCAGUUAUGGAGUUGUGUGCUCAGCAAUCGACAUGCAUACUGGUCAGAAAGUGGCGAUAAAGAAAAUACAUGAUAUUUUUGAGCAUCUUUCUGAUGCUGCUCGAAUUCUUUGGGAGAUAAAGCUGCUUAGACUUCUUCGGCAUCCUGAUAUUGUAGAGAUCAAACACAUUAUGUUGCCUCCUUCACAAAGGGACUUCAAAGAUAUUUAUGUUGUUUUCGAGCUCAUGGAAUCAGAUCUUCAUAAAGUUAUUAAAGCUAAUGACGACUUGACUAGAGAACACUACCAGUUUUUUCUUUACCAGCUACUUCGGGCUUUGAAGUACAUCCAUACUGCUAAUGUCUACCAUCGAGAUUUAAAACCAAAGAAUAUUUUGGCCAAUGCAAACUGCAAACUUAAGAUAUGUGAUUUUGGUUUAGCUAGAGUUGCAUUCAAUGAUACACCAACAACAAUAUUCUGGACGGAUUAUGUUGCUACAAGAUGGUAUAGAGCUCCAGAGCUCUGUGGAUCCUUUUUCUCUAAGUACACAGCUGCAAUUGACAUAUGGAGUAUAGUUGCUGAGGUAUUGACUGGGAAACCACUUUUUCCUGGGAAAAAUGUUGUCCACCUACUGGAUUUGAUGACUGAUUUGCUUGGUACACCUUCGUUAGAUACCAUCUCUCGGGUUCGAAAUGAGAAGGCAAGAAGAUACUUAACAAGCAUGAGAAAAAAGCUACCAGUUCCAUUUGAACAAAAAUUUCCAAAUGUAGAUCCCUUGGCCUUACGUCUGCUGCAAAGGUUGCUUGCCUUUGAUCCAAAAUUCCGGCCAAAUGCAGAAGAGGCUCUUGCUGAUCCUCACUUUAAGGGACUGGCUAAAGUUGAGAGGGAGCCUUCUUGUCAACCAAUUACAAAGAUGGAGUUCGAAUUUGAGAGGCGAAGGAUCACGAAGGAGGAUAUACGGGAGCUAAUAUUCUGCGAGAUUGUAGAAUAUCAUCCUGAGCUGCUCAAAGACUAUAAGAAUGGAACUGAGAGGACAAGCUUUCUCUAUCCGAGUGCGGUUGACCAAUUCAGGAAGCAAUUUGCACAUCUUGAGGAAAAUAGUGGUAAAAGUGGCCCAGUUAUUCCACUCGAAAGAAAGCAUGUCUCUCUUCCCAGGUCAACAACUGUACAUUCUAAAACAAUAGCCCCCAAAAAGCAGCAAAGCAUCAAUUCCUUGAAAGAUAAGCAAAAUGCAGAUGAGGCAUCCAUCAACACUUCCAGGGAAACUGAAGCUAUUCCUCUACAUUUAUCAAGAACCUUGCAGGCACAACAAAGAAUCCCACUAGCCAAACCAGGAAAGGUCGUCGGUCUGGUUGUGCCUUAUGAGAACGGAACAAUCACGAAAGAUGCAUAUGAUCCAAGAACAUUCUUAAGAAGCACAGUUCUUCCACCCCAGGCAGUCCACCCUGCAAUUUCUUAUUACAAAUCCAGCACUGGAAAAUUUGCACCAGAUAUAGCUAUCAACAUUGAUACGAACCCAUUUUUCGUGACCAGAGUGAAGAAGGUGGAAGCUGGUGAUGACAGAAAUACCAUUGAUACAAACUUGUUGCAGGCAAAAUCUCAUUAUGGUGGAAUAGGUGUUACUGCAGCAGCUGCCACUACUUGUGGGAAGUUUGGAACUGUUCAGUAUGGCAUGACAAGGAUGUAUUAGCCAAUGAUUGAGAAGCUUUGAAAGUAAUAGAUCCUUUUGCAAUGGCAUAGAGUGAAAAUUACUGUAAAAGGGAGAGCUAGCUUUCUCAGGUAAAACAUAGGCUUUAAUCAAGCUUGGUAAAUGAGAAACUACAUGCCUAUCAUUUAAUUUUGUAAGAAAAAUAAUUCUCCAUCCAAUAAUAUUCUUGCUUUUUGUUUUUAAA